AUGUGGCGCGUCUGUUUAUUGCAGUGCAUUAUGCUUGCUAGUUCAGUUCUGUCAUUAAGUCACAAAGGAAAUGAAACUUCAGCAGAAACAUCCAAUUCCUCAUGGAAUCCCAGAAGUCUAGGCCGAAUUAUAGCCCACUGCAUGGGUGGCUUGGAUUCUUGGCAGUGUCUAGGAUCCGAGAGCGAGCGAUUGCUGGAUGGUGCCACCAGGGAUAACACAACCUGGCAGAUCACCGAUUACCUAAGCAUCGAACCACAGGCUGGGUUCAGCAAGUCGGAGACGAGGCGUAUGGAUAUUGGUUUACCCGGGAAACUAUUGGAGCUGGUCCAGGGAAGAGUCCUACGUCUUCAGCUGCCUCGGCAGUUGACCAUUUCCAAUGCCAUCGAUGACUUUGGCAGCGAGCUGGGUCUCGAUCAAGGUACUUAUGCGAGCGUAGAUGAUAAAGUCGAUAAGUUAAUAGAAGGAUUUGGUAGUUUCGAAGUGCAUGCAACAUCCUACGAUAAAGAUAAGCAAAAGAAAAAGUCUAAGAAAAAGUCUAAGAAAAAGAAAAAGUCUAAGAAGAAAAAGCCCAAGAAAAAGAAAAAAUCAAAGAAAAAAAAGAAGAAAAAAGACAAGUAUAAAAAGAAAAAUAAAAAAUGCUCCAAAAAAACAGGUCGCAAAAAGAAGGACAAAGACAAGAACAUGGCGAUGAUGGGCGGCAUGAUCAUGAUGGCCACUCUGGCCCAAAUGUUCCUAGGCAAGGUCAUCCUCAUCGCCGGCUCGGCCUUCAUUAUGGCCAAGAUCGCCUUGGUCAUUUCGCUGCUGGGCAGUCUAAAAAAGGGUUCGACUGGACACAGUGGUAGUGGAGGAGGAGGAGGUGCCACAGAGCAUGUAGUGGUCCAUUCCAGCCACGAGAGCGGCUGGCACCGCAGCAUGCCCACCCACGACACAUACUCGCAGUUGGAGCAGGUGGAGGAACCACCGCUGGACAGCCAUAUGGAGUACUACCAGGCCUACCAGAUGGAGCCACUGAAGCGCCGCCUGCAUCAGGCGACGAUUUACCCAGAGCACCCACGUCCAGAGGCCACAACAUCGACUCGGGGCUUCAUUUAG